UCGGUCGGGUGGCUCCAAGGUUCACUGGAGGGGGGUGGGCUGCCGCGCCCUUGGGCUUCGAGUUGGAGCCAGCCAACUCUCUCGGAGUGCAGGGACCCUUAGGGCCCUGCUGAAGUAAAGAAUGCAGCGACUGCCACGAGCCCGGAUACUGCGCGCGGGCGCGGGUGGCACGCGGGGGUGGGUCCCGCUCGCCCGUCUUCCCCUUUGAGCAUCCGGAUGGUCUGCGCCGGCAGCGCGGGAGGCUUGAAGUGCGGGGCGUGGCGCGCGCAGCUGUUACUGCCGCUUGUCAGCGCCGGGCCAUGGACGCCCUGCAGGCCGAGGUCCGCGCCUUGGAGGCUGAGAUCGCGGCCCUGCGGCGGGCGUGCGAGGAGCCGCGGACGGCGGGGGAAGACAACGGGCGAGCUCCAAAAUCACUUCGAGAAAUGUAUCAAUCAGAUUCUGAGGGAUGGGCCUCUUCAAAAGAUCUGAGAAGUCAUCUUGGAAAUUUAGAAUCAGAACUUCUUUUUCUAAGCACACUUACUGGCAUCAGUAUAAGAAAUUACUCCAUGAAGACAGAGGUCCUAACAAACACUGAGAAGACAGAGAAGAGUAUAACGAAAGUUCUACAGAGACACAGAUUAUCAGGAAAUUGCCAAAUGAUUACAUUUCAACUUGAAUUUCAGAUUCUGGAAAUCCAGGAUAAGGAGAGUUUAUCUUCUGUUAUUACUGACCUCAACAUAAUAAUGGAGCCCACCAAAUAUUCAGAAUUAAGAGAAUUUGUGUCUAGAGCAGAAGAAAGAAGAGAUCUGCUGAUGUUUUUCCGAAGCCUACACUUUUUUGUGGAGUGGUGUGAAUAUCGUAAGCGGACAUUUGAACACUUCAAGGUUGCCUUGCUGUCAGUACCCAAGAUGGAGCCAGGGUUUGUGGAGGAGAAUCUGAAACCUCAGGGAGGCCAAGGACCCAGGAUCAUGGGCAAAAUGGCAGCUUGCUUGGAGAAGUACCCAGAAGCCGUGCACCUCCCAGAGGGGGCCGCCUCCAGCUGCAUGGUGGUCCACAGCGCGCGCCAGCCCGGGUUCGAGUUGGUCAUCGUUUGGAGGGUGCAGAUAGAUGAAGAAGGGAAGGUUUUGCCAAAGCUGGACCUUCUCCCCAAAGCACCACAGCAAGCCCUGGAGCUGGACAGGAACCGAGUCCUGGAGACCGCGCCUCGCAGCUUCCGAGCCCUGCUGGGUGUGCUGGGCAUCGAAGCCGCUCUCGAGAGCCUGAUCAAGUCACUCUGCACGGCGGACUCCAGCUAGUUCCUGGCAAACACGCAGGUGCGUGACCGUCUUCCACAGAGAAACAACACCUUUAGGACACGUUGUCUGUACAGUUUUAGCACAUUCUAGAUCAUCCGUCAGAAUGUGGGAAAAUAGACAACAGCUACUGCAGUACAAAACGCCAGACCAGCAGCACGUACAGUGCCUAGGGCACCUGGCGGGAUCGGCUGGGGGAGCAUGUAACUCUUGACCUCAGGGUUGUGAGUUCAAGCUCCACACUGGGGAUACAGAAUACUAAAGAAUAAUAAUAAUAAACUUUCUCAAAAGUUAA